GGCCGUUACCGGGGGCCGCCGCGGAGCCGCCGUCCCUCAGGGUCGUUGCUGCCGCCGUCGCGUGUGGGGCUGCCGCCAGCCGCUCGCGUCCGCCGCCGGCCUGUGCGGGGGGAAGGCCCGGGCCGAGAGUAGAACGUGUGCUACCAUCACGAUGCCUGAAGUAAACACAGAUCACCUGGAUGAGCAGCAGGUGCAGCUCUUGGCAGAGAUGUGCAUCCUUAUCGAUGAAAAUGAUAAUAAGAUUGGAGCGGAUACCAAGAAAAACUGUCACUUGAAUGAAAACAUUGAUAAAGGUUUACUGCACCGAGCUUUCAGUGUUUUCUUAUUUAAUACAGAAAAUAAACUGUUGCUGCAGCAGAGGUCAAAUGCAAAAAUUACAUUUCCAGAUUGUUUUACCAACACUUGUUGCAGUCAUCCUCUAAGCCAUCCACUAGAACUGGAAGAAAAUAAUGCCAUUGGUGUUCGGAGAGCAGCACAGAGACGACUGAAAGCAGAGUUAGGAAUUCCCAUGGAGCAGGUAACACCAGAAGAAAUCUCCUAUCUGACACGAAUUCACUACAAGGCCAAGUCUGAUGGGAUCUGGGGUGAACAUGAGAUAGACUAUAUCUUAUUUGUACAGAAGGACGUAACGCUGAAUCCCGACCCUAAUGAGAUCCAAAGCUACUGCUAUGUGACACAGAAGGAACUGAAACAGCUUUUGGACAAAGCCUCCAAGAAUGAAGUUAAGAUUACUCCGUGGUUUAAACUAAUUGCAGAGACCUUUCUUUUUAAGUGGUGGGAUAACUUACCUAACUUGAACAAAUUUGUUGAUCAUGAAAAAAUACACCGAAUGUAAAUAGCUGGGGUAAAAGAUGCUGAAGGCUAGCAGUGAUGUGCUGUCUCAUUAACACUAUGGUAACUUGUGACUCUUGAGUGCAGAAAAGUGAUCCACCUGGAGCAUGUUUAAGAAAUAACUUUACACAGAGAUGGUUAUAGCCAAUGUUUUUUCUUCUGUCUUCACCUCCUCUUCCCCCCAGCCUUGUUCCACGUGGGCAAGUUAAGCUUGAUCUCACGUAAAAUGGGUAAUGGUAGCAUGAGAAACCCCCUGGGUUCAUCUUUCUCCAUUACCUUGUGUGGUAUGAAAGAUCCUCAGCCUGCGUGUGCCCCAUUUGCUCUUACUUCCUUGCGUAGCUACACACGCUGGCAAGGCAGUCUGGGCACCUCCUCUCCAGCUCAUUUGGUGGAGCUGGUACGUUCCCAACUGUACCCGACUAUGCCUUCUGAAAUAGUGAUUACAGAAGAAUUUGAGUUCUGCAUUGAUGUUGACAAGACUAGUUGCCUGAAGAAAAAAACAACUAAUUCAAAGUAAUCAGGAUGAUUUUAAUUGCAGAAAGCAAAUCUCUUCAGCUACUAUAUAAUUAACCAAACACAUAAAAGCUUAAGUAAUGGGAUUGUCGGUGUGGACUGAGUUUCACUUUGAAGUGCUGCAAUAUGUGUCGCAGCUUUAGAUAAUAAACGUUGGGGGGUUUCUUUGGGUUUUUUUCCCCACCACCCUUUUCUGGUUAGAUGAUGGCUGAGUACUGGACAUCUCUUAAAAAAAGAUGGUUAAUUAUAUCAAAUGUAAAUGGUACCUAUCUAAUAUAGGAAGUAGCCUGUCUUUGGAGAAGGGAUAUGCAUUAAAUGACUCUUCUCCAUCUUCCAGAAAACAAAGGCAUCUUGAUACAAGCUUUUUUCCUGCAACAUCCACUGUAAUAGUCAUUCCCGGACAACUCAAACCCCUUGAACUCCACAAUUCAAGAUUGACCAGGUCUUAAUUUCAGUUAAUCAGAAAUUGUACCAGAGUGCAAGAGCUAAUCCUUUUUGAUCUUGCAGUCAAUUGCUAGUAAUGAGUAAAAUGGAGGGCUUUUUUUAAUAAGACAAAUAAUCAAGGGUAUUUCAAUUUGAAUUAAAGAUUUUGGGGUUUGGAGGUUUUUUUGCCCCCCCAAAAGCUUUAUUGUGAUUUCUUCCGUUAGCAGACUACUCAAACAUUGAUUUCUUAUGUUAACUUCUCCCAGAGGUGUCUUGAUGAAAUAGGAUGUUUUUCGUACCACUUCUCCUUGCAUGUAAAAACAUGGUUGGAACUAGUCUGUGUUUGGUUUCAAGGUAAAACUAAUUUUUUCCAGUGGUUAACAUGUGUCUUAUCCCAGUUGUGACUGCAGCGCUGAAGCUUCUAUGUGCCAGCAUCUCUAGUGGUUCAACACUUACAGGUUUUAGAGCCAAGUUUGUUGUAUGUUAACCUGAAUUGAUGGAUUGUCUUGAAGCAAGUAAUAGUGGGUGAGGGAACGGUGAUGCAAUGUAACGGCUCUCUUGAAUUCAGGGCCAUCAGCCACAUUACCUAAGUAAUAUAUUAGAGUACUUUUCAAAUACUUAAAAUACGUUUAAAAUAAAAGAUUAUCUUAAAGGUAAGAUUACGAUUAAAAUACCUAACCUAAAACCUUGGACUGUUGUUUUCUUUCCAGACUUCGAGCCACAUGGAGAAUAACCACUAUAAACAACAACAUGCCUAUGAAACGUCACUGAAGCAGAAUGAGGGGGGGUAGGAGGGCAUACAUUUAUUUUAACAAAGUUCUACUUUUCUAGUUCAAAUGGCCAGCUUGGAGCAAAAGCUGACAAAGCAUAUCCUGAAGUAGAAACAAUGUGCAUAAGGAAGCUGAAAGCAAAGUUUUGCUAAACAGCUCUUCAAAAUACCUUACAAGUUUUGACAUUAAAGUUUUUCUUGAC